AAACAAAGCUUACAGACGACUAAUAUGUAAUUUAGUUGCAGCUGCCUCAAAUCUGCUGCAUGGUCCUUCAGCGCCCUCGCCUGGUGAAAAUAGAGAAAGGAAGCGGAAGAAGACUAACUUUCCCAUGAUUCUCAGCGUCGUGCAUGUCUGCAUUUGUUUUAAACAUGGAGGAGAGGGAAAGAAGAGGAGAUAAACAACAAAAAUGUCCAGAAGCAGAAAAGAAAGAGAGAGAAUCAACAAGUGCAUGUGCUUCAGAUGCAACCGAACAUACGGCAGAAGAAGAUGAUGAUAUCGCGGCAAAGUUGGACGUCACCUCCGAUAAAUUUGAUCCACUCCUGGCGCUAUACUCGGCUACUGUGCCUCUUCCAUACCCAAACGUGAAAUGCUUCAACAACAUAGCCGAGUAUGAGAGCUUUCUAAAGGGGGGACGGGGCCGCGCCAAGCCGGAGAACGUGGAGAAAAAACUGAGGAAAGGCAGGAAAGGUGUAGCGGAUCCGGAGAGGAUAGAGAAACUGAAGAAGUUGAUGGUGAACAACCCGAUAGAGGGAGAAGAUGGAGAGGAGGGGACCAGCGGCACUGCCCGCCGUUGUAGAAUACAGAAGGCUCCCAAGAAUGUCCUGACCAGGAUGCCUCUCCAUACAGGAAGUCCUCUGGGGGAGCUGCACCGCUGCGUGCAGGAGAGGAUCAGGGUGAAAGUUCACAUCAGAACCUUCAAGGGGCUCCGUGGAGUGUGUUCUGGCUUCAUAGUGGCCUUCGACAAGUUCUGGAACAUGGCGAUGGUAGAUGUAGAUGAGACCUACAGGGAACCUCUGCUGGGUGAAGCUCUCUACCACGAGAAGGCCCUCACUGUCACACGGCUCUUUGACAAGCUGAAACUCCAGGAGAGUGCGGCGCUGAGAGAAUGUGAGGAGAAGAAGCAGAUAGACAAGAGGAAAGCUGAACCCCUCCAUCCCCCGCCUGAGACCCAAACCAGAGACAGCAGACGACGGGACCCCAAUAGAGGGGACCCCAGAAGGAGAGGAGACCCUAGGGCAGUGGACCCCCGACUUGCAAGGGCCACAGUUGGCCCCCCAGUGGGCGAUUACCCCGGAGCCCUCGGGGCCACAGGUAAGGCCCAGGGGUCAAAUGUUAAAGGUCAGGAGUCAGGGACUGAGGGGCCCAAGAGAACAGGGUCCCAGAAGAAAGAAGUGUCCCAGCCCUACGGGAGGGUUCACACGCGCCACGUCAACCAGCUCUUCAUACGGGGAGAGAACGUGCUUCUAGUCAACCUACAACCACUCUGAAUCUAUUGUGUGUUCUAGCCAGCAGGGGUGGCAACCUAGUCUGGAAAUGGAAACCAGUCUGUUCCUGCUCUCUUGCCAACUUCUUUUGGAGUUUUCAUGCCACGUGAACAGAAACCGACACUGCCGCCCGGGCUAGUGGCAACCCUCCAGGAAAGUUACUUGACCUGAAGGUCCAACGCGUUGAAGCUUUACCAAGAUCCAUCCAGCAAGACCUACAGUAUCUACACUGGUUUAGACCAACCUGGAAGUCUCACUGCUACUGCAUAUCAUAUUGAUAUUCUCUGCUUUACGCAGACAGACAUUAACUAGAAAUAAAACAUGAAUUACCAA